AUGACCCAAACUUCGGCUUACGCAUCUGAAGAUGCUGCUAAGUUUGAAACCUUCAAGCCUCUUAUUGAAGCUUACAAUAAGGAUGCAGUAGAUCAAAUGCAGCAAUUUGAUCCUGAGUUUUACACGAAAUGUGUUGCCGCCGUCCCAUCCGCAGAAAUCCUAGAUUCUGAGCCUAUCGAUGCUACCAAAUUCUGGUCCCUUCUGUCUUCGAAGGAACAGGCCAUUGUUGGAGAUCUCGCCAUUGCGGACCUUACUCAAAAGCAACUGGACGGUGAACUAACUGCUCUAGAAAUCACAAAAGCUUACAUAAAGGCUGCAAUCAUUGCACAGCUAACUACCAAUUGUGUCAUGCAAUUCUUAAUUCCUGAGGCUUUACAGAGAGCUCAGGAGCUGGACGAGUAUUUGAAGCAAAACCAAAAACUUGUUGGACCCUUACAUGGGGUGGUCGUUUCGCUGAAAGAGCAUAUGAACUACAAGAAUAAAAUCACUACCGCCUCGUACGUCGCGUACCUGAAAAAUGUUCCAGAAAAUGAAGCGGUUACCAUCACUAUCUUGUACAAGUUGGGUGCCGUUUUUCAUGUCCGUACCGCUCAGCCACAAGGUAUCAUGCAUCUGGAUACACUGAAUAACAUCACUGGCAGAACCAGAAAUCCUCGUUCUACUCGUCUAUCUUCAGGUGGCUCGUCCGGCGGUGAGUCUGCCGUUGUUGCCAUGCAUGGUUCUGUUAUCGGCCACGGUAGUGAUAUUGGUGGUAGUAUUCGUGCACCUGCUGCGUUUACUGAUAUCUUUGGCAUAAGACCCACGACUAAACGUAUAUCACUGAUGAAUGGCUUGUCAAGUGGAAAAGGCCAGGAGUCUAUUGUUGCCGUUCAGGGUCCUCUUGCAAGAUCAAUCGAAGAAUUGGACACCUACAUGCGCGCUUAUAUCAAUGAGGGUAAGCCAUGGCUGUAUGACCCGAUGUGUCUUCCUAUAGAAUGGCGUGAACCUAAGCUACCAGCUAAGAUCAAGAUCGGGGUCUUAUACGAUGACAAUUUGGUGACUCCAUUUCCUGCCGUUUCCAGGGGUAUGAAAGAAACAGUGGCAAAGCUGUCCGCAAACCCAGAGUUCGAGAUUGUGAACUUGAACCCAAAGUGGUUCUCAGAGGAAGAGAUGAUUGAUAUAUAUACGACUAACCUACGUCUCUAUACCUGUGAUGGGAACAAGGUUCAACUGUCCAUGUGGUCUCCGAGCGGUGAGCCACUGUUACCUCUCACCAAACACUACAUGAACUUUGGUGGUGGCAAAGAACUUUCCAUAUAUGAAAACAAAUUGAUGAACGGCCAAAGAGAUGCGUUAAGAGUCGAGAUUUUCCAGAAGUAUUUCUCCCAUCUCGAUUUCAUUCUUUCGCCAACCUACAACGGACCCGCUGAGAUUGCUGGCCAGUCGCUUUAUUGGGGUUACACCUCGUUUUGGAACCUAGCAGAUUAUCCAAACGUUACCUUUCCAGUAGGGGUUGCGCACGAUGUGCAGAAGGAUGCAGAAGUGCCAAACUUGAGAGAUAACGAGUACGAGAGAAUGGUAUGGUACAACGAAAACAACGAAAUCAAAUACGAUCCCAAAAACUAUAUCGGCGGGCCUGUUGGAUUACAGCUCACGGGUAAACGUUUCUGUGACGAAGAUGUAGUGGCUGCGACCAAGAAAAUUGUGUCCAUUUUGGGAGUUGAGAGACGUUGA